AUGCGACUUUAUUCAAGAAUCAGUAGAGCCAACAAUAAUCCUUGGAUUGUUCUAGGAGACCUGAACUUUCACUUUAUUGAUAAUGAUAAUGUUGCUUCUUCGUCUUCAUAUGGUCUUGUGAAUGGUAUUAUUAAAGACUGUGGGUUAGAUGAUAUUGGUUAUAUAGGCAAGGAUUACACUUGGACCAACAACAAUCUAGGUACAGGAUUUAAGAAAUCUAGGAUAGACAUGGCCAUUGGUAAUGGUAAUUGGUCUUUCUAUUUCCCCAAUGUUAAACUCAUGCAUUUGCCACAAGUUGGUAGUGACCACAGUCCUAUAAUGCUUGUAACAGAUGCCACUGUACCUAAAUGUUGGAAACCAUUUAAAUUUUUCCUUACUUGGUUGAAUGAUGAUAAUUUUGCUACUGUUACUGCUAACUCUUGGAAAACUAGUGUUCAAGGCUCUCCAGCAUUUCAGUUUAACCAAAAGCUUCAUAUCACAAGGAAAAAUCUUUCUCUGUGGAAUAAGGAACAUUUUGGUAACAUCAAUCAAAGAGUGGAUAAGUUGCAAGAGGAUUUAAAACUACUUCAAGAAGAUACUAAUAUCUCUAAUGUUCAAGAUAACAUCAUCAACAUCAAUAUUGAAUUGGAUAAGUGGCACAAAGCUCAAAGUGACUUCUACCAACAAAAAUCAAGAGAUAGCUUCAUGAAGGAGAUGGAUUAUAACAACAAAUAUUUUCACACCAAGGCCAAUAAAAGGAGAACAAGGAAUAAUAUAGAUUCCAUACAAGAUCAUGAAGGUAACUGGCUACAAUCAAGAGAUGAAAUAUCUGCACAUCUCACUCUUCACUUCAAACAAAUCAGCUCAACUACAAAUCCACAACUGGAAGAAAGUCUCUACAACAUUUUGCCUACUUUCAUCACUGAGGAUGACAACAACAGACUCACAUGUAUUCCUUCAUCUCAAGAAAUCUUGGACACUCUUAGAAGUAUGGAAAACUGGAGUGCACCAGGACCAGAGGGAUUUCAGGCUGGUUUGUAUAAAAGUCAGUGGGCUGUGAUAGAAGAAGAUGUUUGCUUAAUGGUCUCCAGAAUGAAGCCUCUAAUGUCCAAAAUUGUGUCACAUUUUCAAGCUGCUUAUGUCACAGGUAGACUCAUACAAGAUAACACAGUUAUAGCACAAGAAAUUAUACACUCCAUGAAGAAAAAAAGAGGUCAGAUAGGUUGGUUAGCCCUUAAACUAGACAUGUCAAAAGCUUUUGACAGACUAGAAUGGCCUUUCUUUUUAAAAGUUCUUCAAUAUUUUGGGUUUUGUAAUGAUUUCUGCUCCCUGGUACAUCAAUGCAUCAGUACUACCACACUGUCAGUCAUGCUCAAUGGUAGUCCUUGUGAAGAUUUUACUCCUACAAGAGGUAUAAGACAAGGAGACCCCUUGUCUCCUUAUAUUUUCAUCCCAGCUAUGGAAUUCCUUUCUAGGCAUCUUACUGCUGCUCAAGAAAACAAGAAAAUUCCUGGUAAUAAAGUGUCUGCUCUUGCACCAGCCAUCAAUCAUCUGUUAUUUACAGAUGACUGUUUGAUUUUCACUCAAGCAAACACAUCAUCAGUCAACAAUUUAUUGGAAGUCCUUCAUAUGUUCAGUUCUCAAUCAGGGCAGGUCAUCAACUUUGAUAAAUCUGUAGUUUAUUUCAACAAGAAGACAAAGUCAGAAGUUGCAGCAACUAUCACCAACAUUCUUGGAGUAAAAACAAUGAAUUCAAAAGAAAAGUAUUUGGGUUCAGCACUCAUUAUUGGACAUUCAAAUCAGGAAGCUUUCAAAAGCAUUAAGGAAUGUUUUGAAUCAAGAUUCUCCACAUGGUCUUCCAUCAAUAUCUCUCAAGCUGGAAGAGGAAUUAUGAUCAAACAUGUGCUCAAUUCUAUUCCAGUUUAUCAAAUAGGUACAUUCAAGCUCCCUAGUAAUUUAAUCAGUCAGCUCACUUCCAUUAAAAGGAAAUUCUUUUGGGGCCAUAAAAGUAAUAGAGGUUCAAAUCCUGUAGCUUGGCAGAAUUUAUGUACUUCUAAGGAUCUGGGAGGUCUUGCUUUCAGAGACCUGGAAAAACUGAACCUUGCACUUCUCACCAAAUUAGCUUGGAGGAUAUGCAAUGAUUCAGAUCAUCUAAUGGUUAGACUUUUGAUCAGCUUGAAGAUAGUGCAGCAAAACUAUUUCAUGGAAAUCAAUAAUGGAGAAGACACAAAAAUCUGGUCAGACAAAUGGAUAGAAGGUAUGCAUCAUCCACCCCUUCCACAAAAUGACACCUUCAGGUUUUAUGGUGAAGUUGCUGAACUCAUGAUCCCAAACACAAAUCAGUGGAAUAUCAAUCUGCUAAAUCAUCUAUUUGAUGCUAGUACUUCCAUGAAAAUUCAAAAUCUCUUCAUUGAUAAGUCUAAAAAGGAUGUUAUGAUUUGGAUUCCAGCAAAAGAUGGAAAGUUCUCAGUUAAAAGUGCUUACAAGCUCCUCACUAGUGCUGACAGGGAAGUGCAAGUUAAUGGUGUUUCUAUCAAUAAAAUGGUUUGGAGAAGAUUAUGGAGCAGUCGUGCGGCACACAAGAUUAAGAUGUUUGCCUGGAAGUGUAUUAGAGACAUUCACUCCACUAAACACAACCUGGCAAGGUAUAAUGGGGAUAUGGAUAAUCAUUGUGAUACAUAUGCUUCUUUUGACUUGGAUACUAAUCAACUUGGAACUGGUCUUGUUUUGCGAGAUCACACGGGUACCUGUAAUGGCAUCAAAGGGAGCUACUCAAAUGGAGCUUUAAGUACUGAGGCUGGGGAGUAUAUGGCAGUGUGA